GGCCUGCUCCCCAGAGACUACCGGGCACAUCAAGGACCUCUCAAGCUCUAUGUCGUUGGCCUUCCAAAAUCCAAAGCAUGGCAGAUGGGGAGCAGGCCAACCCCAAAGGGUUCAAGAAGAAGGUGCUGGUUAAACACUCCACUAGACAGAAGAGCCCAAGCUUCGGGGCCUCUUCUUUCAAAAUCUCCAGGUCCAGCCUGAAUAUGAAGAAAUUCUUUGCCCUCGCAGUCCUGGCCGGCAGUGCUGUAUCCACCGUCCACAGCAGCCUGCUCAACCUGAAGUUCAUGGUGGAGGCUGUCACACACAAAAACGCCAUCCUGUCCUUCGUGGGCUACGGCUGCUACUGCGGGCUGGGGGGACGCGGCCAUCCCAUGGAUGAAGUAGACUGGUGUUGUCACGCCCACGACUGCUGCUAUCAGAAAGUCUUUGACCAGGGCUGCCGCCCCUACGUGGACCACUAUGACCACAGGAUCGAGAACGACACCGUGAUUGUCUGCAGUGAACUCAAUGAGACGGAGUGUGACAAGCAGACGUGUGAGUGUGAUAAGACCUUGACGAUGUGCCUCAAGGAGCAGACAUACAGGGACAAGUACCGAGGCUACCUCAACGUCUACUGCCAGGGCCCCACGCCCAACUGCAGCAUCUACGACCCCUACCCAGAGGAAGUCACCUGUGGACAUGGCUUCCAAGUGACCACUGUCUCAACCUAG